CAAAGUGUUAUAUAGGACCGACCCCAAAUUUCAUUCUAACACGCUAUCCAUUAGAAUCGGGAGAACGAAGAAGAUGAAAGAGCAGAAACCCAACCCCGACCGCCGAGAAAACACCGGCGGGCUUCUGACCCACAUAGCCAAAUUCGCUAUCGACUCCACCAUCAACUACUCUCUCAAAUUCAAAGCCCUUGCCGGUAGGAAGCAAGUGUAUGAAAUUGUGCAGGAACGAUUAAAGGAUCAAAUUCCUUCAACUUGUCUGGAUGACAAGAAGAAACCACAAGAUGUUAAGUUAGGGACGGAGGAGAUGCAAGCAAAAAUGGAGAAGAUGCAGGAAGAGUCGAAUAUUGUAAAACUGCAGCAUCAGAUAUCAGCCAAACCUGUAAAGAGAUCAGAUCAUCCAAAAAAGAUGCCUGAUGAAAGCAUUCAUGGAUCAGAUGUUCCUGAGAAUAAUAGGAAAAAGAUCUUCAUCCGUUCCCGUCUUUAAAUGAGGUUUAUAUGAGUGAACGUAAAUGCCUGUAAAAGAAAGAAACAGUUGAGGUGAGAAAGAAAGGUAGCAAAUGAAUAUCGUAAUAGAAACAAUGUAAUGCAUAAUUGUAUUGGUGAGAAAUUGAAGUAUCUCAAGCUUUGAUUACAUUGUACUGUGUGAUCAAGUACAUUUUCACUGGAAACCUGGAAUUUGAUAGGGAUGUAAUCGAUCAUGAACUUGAGCUGGAUGGUGUCUGCUGUGUUGCAUAUAC